CAGCCCAUCUUUCCUCUGGAGGAAAAAGGGCAGUCGGAUCGUACCGCGGUGGAGGAAGGAAGGUAGCCGUGGUGACAGUGACAGUGACAGUGACAUCUCCAAAAUCUGAGAAAUCUCAUCAUUGUGAAUCGACGUCAUCAUCAAAGAGUCUUUCUGGAUUUUGUUUGGAUAUCUGCGCCGGGGCUCGGAGAAGUUGAAAAAGCUGCAGCCAUGUCGCCUUUCCUGAGGAUCGGGUUCUCCCAGUUUGAGAUUGAUCCCGGUUUGGCGUACCAUGAAGAGGUGCUGAACCCGUACUGUGCCGUCCACAUGAAGGAGGCCAUCGACACAGAGAAAGGCCAAGUCUACAAGCAGAAGAAGCCCACCAUGUAUCCUCCGUGGAGCACCACGUUCGACGCCCACGUCCACCGCGGCCGUAUCAUGCACGUGAUGGUGAAGGACCGGACGGCAGAGCUGAAGUCUGAAGCCACGGUUGCUCUGGAUACGCUAGCCACGCGAUGCAAGAAGGAGAACGGCAAGCUGGAGAUCUGGCUGGACCUGAAGCCACAGGGACGCCUGCUGAUGGAGGCCAGAUAUUAUCUAGAGAAAAGUGACGCCACCGGACAGACUGAGGGAGACCAAGAACCUGAGCAGGAGAGGGAGGGUCUGUUUGCUCUCCACCAACGACGCGGUGCCAUCAAACAGGCCAAAGUUCACGUCGUCAAGUGUCAUGAGUUCAGCGCCACGUUCUUCCCUCAGCCGACCUUCUGCUCCGUCUGUAAAGAGUUUGUCUGGGGUCUAAACAAGCAGGGUUACCAGUGCAGACAGUGCAAUGCAGCUAUCCACAAAAAAUGCAUAGACAAAGUUAUUGCCAAAUGCACUGGUUCGGCCAUUAAUAGCAAAGAAACAAUGAUCCACAAAGAACGCUUCAAGAUCGACAUGCCUCACAGGUUCAAAGUCUACAACUACAAAAGCCCCACCUUCUGUGAACACUGUGGGACUCUGCUGUGGGGGUUAGCCAAGCAGGGGCUCAAAUGUGAGGAAUGCAGCAUGAACGUCCACCACAAAUGCCAGAAGAAAGUAGCCAACCUCUGUGGGGUCAACCAAAAACUGAUGGCUGAAGCUUUGGCCAUCAUCGAGAGCAAACAGCAGGCCCGAACCACCAGAGAAAGUGAAAUCAUCGGUCGAGAAGGUCCAGUAGGCGUUGGCCAGCAAGGUGUGGUCCGAGCCCCGUCUGGGUUAAUAAUGGGUUUACCAGCAACAGCUACGCCUGCACCUGCAGGUAAAGAUGUGCAAGGUAUUUCAUGGGACGGACCAACAGGCGUGAGGACGGUCGCUGAAACGUUCGGAGAGGAAGAGCCUCUGUACGCGGUCCCGAGGAAGGAACCCAAAUUUACCAUUGAUGACUUCACACUGCAUAAGAUGCUCGGGAAAGGCAGCUUUGGCAAGGUGUUUUUGGCCGAGUUGAAAAAGAGUGGGAAGUUUUUCGCAGUGAAGGCUUUGAAGAAGGACGUAGUUCUGAUGGACGACGAUGUGGAGUGUACCAUGGUGGAAAGGAGGGUCCUCUCCUUGGCUUGGGAAAACCCCUUCCUCACACACCUUUAUUGCACCUUCCAGACCAAGGAGAAUCUGUUCUUUGUCAUGGAGUAUCUGAAUGGAGGCGAUCUCAUGUUUCACAUCCAGAACUCCCACAAGUUUGACGUGCACAGAUCCACCUUUUAUGCAGCGGAGAUCAUCUGUGGGCUUCAGUUUCUGCACUCCAAAGGAGUCAUUUACAGGGAUCUGAAGCUGGAUAAUGUGCUGUUGGACUCCGAGGGCCAUAUAAAGAUAGCAGACUUUGGCAUGUGUAAGGAGAACAUGCAGCUCGACUUGCGGACCUCCACUUUCUGUGGGACACCUGACUACAUCGCCCCUGAGAUCCUUCUGGGUCAGAAGUACAACAGCUCGGUAGACUGGUGGUCGUUCGGCGUGCUGCUGUACGAGAUGCUGAUCGGUCAGUCUCCGUUCCACGGCCGAGACGAAGAGGAGCUGUUUCAGUCUAUACGCACCGACAACCCCGUUUAUCCCCGCUGGCUGACCAAAGACGCCAGAGACAUCCUGGUCAAGCUGUUUGUUAGAGAGCCUGAGGAACGACUAGGAGUGAAGGGAAACAUCAGGCAGCACAGUUUCUUCAGCAGCAUCGACUGGGACGCCCUGGAACAACGGGAGGGGGUGCCGCCCUUCAGGCCAACCUUAACGUCGCCUAGUGACUGCAGCAACUUCGACAAGGAGUUCAUCAACGAGAAGCCGCGGCUGUCGUGUGCCGACCGGACGCUCAUCAACAGCGUCGACCAGACAAUGUUCAAAAACUUCUCCUUCGUUAACCCGGGAAUGGCUCGCAUCACUGUCCGCUGACCAGCUGACCGACAACCUACUACCUACAGGAAGACAAGCCGCUCAGUCACAACCAGCACUUAAACUGAACAAACUAACUGCAGAGACUUUAAACCGUGAAUGUUGCAACAAAACUCAACUGUAUCUGAUCGUUUUAAUAAUAACCACUAAGGGAGGAGUCCUGGGUGAAACGCACAUACUGUAUAAAGUAAACUGAGAUGGGAUAUUUGGUGCAUGAAUUUUCUGGAUCUCUCCAUUUUUAACUUUUAAAGUAAGUAAAACACACACAAAAAAAAAAAAAAUCAGCCAGAUAACAAAACAAGAAGAAAAAAACCUCUGAGCUAGAGCUGGGCAAUUAAUGGAAAAAUAAUCGAAACUGACAUUUAGAUACUC